AUGGUAAAUGUUCAGUCCGGAUUUGAAACAACAGGAGUGUAUCCACUUGACAGGAGUAAAAUCAUGCCACCUGAGUAUCUGGAGGAAAGCGUUUUGGAAGAAGAUGUGGAUGGGUUGCCAUUUCUGCCAUUGUUGACUCCGUCACGAAAGUCGUACUCCCGAAAAGAAACUGAUGUUCCUAGAAAAGAAACUGAUGCUUCCAAAAACUACACAUAUCCAACUGCUGGAAGACCCCUUAAAGAAAUUUUAACUUACCCUGAGCCAAUCCAUAAGCUUCCAACAAUCAAGCCGAGAAAGACAUUUAGAGUGGCAACAUCUUCAGAAGAAAGGCAAAAAAUGGAAUUAAAGGAAGUGGAUAAAGCACAAGAGAAAUUCCGAAAAGAGCAAAAUAAGUACAUCAGAGAAUUAAAGAAAAGUUUAGCAGUAUCAGAUGAUAUAAAAAAACUUAUUGAAUCGAAACCAAAAUCAACAGGAACCCGUCGCAAGACUGAGAAACAAGACAAGAGCAAGACAGAGACAAAAGAUGAGGUGUGUGACAGCGAUGAGGACAGUUUACUUGUAAGCCCUCUUCAGCUUUCUCUGUUUGAUCCACCCAAUCAUCACAGUAGGGAUCAGGCCACCAAUCCUGUAAAAAUAACAGUAACUGUCGUGUACAUGUACAUAGAUCCUCCGGAUAACUGGUCAGAUACCCUAUGUGAUACGUAUACAUUCAGUGGCGGUGGUUUUGAGAGUUCUCCUCUUAGUACAUCUCCAGACGUCCAAGCUCACCCAGUGAAAAGCAGUGGAAAAAGUUCUACAACCACCAUCAAAUCUACACCGUUUAGGACACAUGCUGGAGUGAGUGUUCAGACUGGGAGAAAGAAAACAGCUCCAGACGACCAAGCUCCUGUCGUUGUCGUUGACCCUAAGAGCCCAGUGAAAAGCAGUGAGAAAAAUGCUACAAGGAACGUAAAAUGUAUGCGCUUUGAGAUACCUACUGCUCCAGACGACCAAGCUCCUGUCGUUGUCGUUGACCCUAAGAGCCCAGUGAAAAGCAGCGGGGAAAGUGCUACAUGUACAAGGAAUGUCAAAUCUACGUGCUCUAGAACACGCGCUGGAGUGAGUGUUCAGACUGGGAGAAAGAAAACAGCUCCAGACGACCAAGCUCCUGUCGUUGUCGUUGACCUUAAGAGCCCAGUGAAAAGCAGCAGGGAAAGUGCUACAUGUACAAGGAAUGUCAAAUCUACGCGAUCUAGGACACAUGCUGGAGUGAGUGUUCAGACUGAGAGAAAAACUGAGACAGCUCCAGACGACCAAGCUCCUGUCGUUGUCGUUGACCCUAAGAGCCCAGUGAAAAGCAGCGAGGAAAGUGCUACAAGGAACGUAAAAUUUACGUGCUCUAGAACACGCGCUGGAGUGAGUGUUCAGACUGGGAGAAAGAAAACAGCUCCAGACGACCAAGCUCCUGUCGUUGUCGUUGACCCUAAGAGCCCAGUGAAAAGCAGCGGGGAAAGUGCUACAUGUACAAGGAAUUUCAAAUCUACGCGCUCUAGAACACGCGCUGGAGUGAGUGUUCAGACUGGGAGAAAGAAAACAGCUCCAGACGACCAAGCUCCUGUCGUUGUCGUUGACCCUAAGAGCCCAGUGAAAAGCAGUGAGAAAAAUGCUACAAGGAACGUAAAAUGUAUGCGCUUUGAGAUACCUACUGCUCCAGACGACCAAGCUCCUGUCGUUGUCGUUGACCCUAAGAGCCCAGUGAAAAGCAGCGGGGAAAGUGCUACAUGUACAAGGAAUGUCAAAUCUACGCGAUCUAGGACACAUGCUGGAGUGAGUGUUCAGACUGAGAGAAAGACUGAGACAGCUCCAGACGACCAAGCUCCUGUCGUUGUCGUUGACCCUAAGAGCCCAGUGAAAAGCAGCGGGGAAAGUGCUACAUGUACAAGGAAUGUCAAAUCUACGCGCUCUAGAACACGCGCUGGAGUGAGUGUUCAGACUGGGAGAAAGAAAACAGCUCCAGACGACCAAGCUCCUGUUGUUGUCAUUGAUCCUGAGAGCCCAGUGAAAAGCAGCGGGGAAAGUGCUGCAAGGAAUGUCAAAUCUACGCCCUUUAGUACACGUGCUGGUCUCGAAGGCAUACAAGGUACACUUUCAAGUAUCCAAUGAAUCAUUGCUUGAUGACUCAGAAACAAAUCCGUGCUUAAAAGAUUGGGUUAGUGAUCUUGGUCUCUCUCUUUAUGAGAAACAAGCCCUUCAACGUAAUGCUUGGCUGUCAGCAAAUCAUAUUUCUGCUGCAAAUAUGCUGCUCAGAAGAGAAUUCCCUCAUCAAAACGGACUUCAAGAUACUAUGUACUUGCUCGAAAAUCUCCAGUGGAGAUCGUCAGCUCAUGAAUUUGUGCAAAUAAUGCAUGUUGGAGGAUUUCAUUGGGCGUGCUUAUCAAAUAAAUUAUCAUCUGAUGCAAGUGAAAUACAGCUGUAUGACAGUCUUCACAUAGAACCUGGCCCUACCAUUAUUGAACAGUCUUGCACGAUUCUCCAUUGUAUGAAAGACCGUUUCACAAUCCAAGUUGUGAAUGUUCAACUUCAGUAUACUGAUGAUUCUUGUGGUUUGUUUGCCAUCGCUAUGGCUUAUGAUUUAUGUUCUGGUCGAAACCCUUUGAAAAUCAGCUACGAUGAAUCGAUGAUGAGAGUUCAUCUGGAGCGUUGCUUCAACAAUCGUGAACUGUCACGCUUCCCACGAGCUGCAAAAAAAAGGGAUUGCCCCAAGACAAUAGUCACAAAAACGCAGGUUCCUGUAUACUGUAGUUGCCGAUAUUCUGAUGUGGAAGUCACAUCGAGGUUUGGGGAUAUGGCGUCAUGUGACAGUUGCAGUAAAUGGUACCACCAGGAUUGCGAAAACAUUCCGAACGCUGUUUUUAAUGAUACUCAAAAAACAUGGUUUUGUAUGUCGUGUAGCCAGUAGUAAUAAUAAUAUUGUUUAUUGUUUUUAUGUUCUUUUUGUAGUCUAUUUUGUCUAUUUUGUCUGUGUUACCAUAUAAUCUUUGAGGAUUGC